AUGGAUAACCAGCCUGGAUCUGUGUUCUGGUGGCAAAAGGCCGAUGAGAUUCCUCUAGAGACCUGGGAGCAUAUCGCCAGCUAUGUCACUGAUCCCAAAAGCCUGGCCGCGAUGGCGCGUGUCAACCACAAACUCCGUUAUGUGUGCGACCCCAAGCUGUACAACAGCGCAGUGGAUGAAGGGCGGAUCCAAGACGCGGUUCUUCUUGCCGCUGCCGAGGGAAAUCUUGCUACAUUGCAGAAAGCAAAACGCUACGGUGCAGCCUUUAACAAAAUCACUCCGCUUGCUGAACCCUUCGAGUGGGUGUUGAACCUGUGGGAAGAGAUGAUGGCACGAGACGGCCCCUUGAGCCACAAGCCCGAUUUCACACCGCCCGAUGCGGGCUGGGCCACUCCAUUGCAUGUCGCCGCGAUGAAUGGCCACUACCACGUCGUCGCGUGGCUUCUCGAUGAGGAUGUAGACAUUGAAGCACCUGCAAGGUUCUGCUGCGAGUGCUUGCCUCUCGUCGUACAGGACCCUACGAACCCGACACGAUAUCUAGGGGAUUAUCCAGCUUGGACACCUCUCCAUUACGCCAUCUGCAAGGGCCAUUCCUCAGUUGCCAGGCUGCUUCUUUCUGCUGGGGCCUCAUAUGGCAACUUGUGCGUGCCGCAAUCGUCUGGAAGAUGGUAUAAGCGCCCUUACAACAGAAACAUAGGCGGACGCGCUAUCGGACGGCUUUACUGUUAUCCUCACCUACGAGACCAAGAAAAUGACAUCUCAGGACAUGUUGCUGCAAUCCAUACGGCAGCUGCAACAGGAAACAAAGCUAUCAUGUCUCAUCUUGUCGAGGGCCUCGGAGUGGAUAUCCACAGCAAGGACGAAGGGAACGCAGCACCAAUACACUAUGCUGUCUUGGCGCCAAAUGCAUCCAUGGUCAGUCACGCCAUCCAAUUGGGAGCGGAUGUACAUUCUGGAUAUUGCCCUAGAACCGUGUCAAAACAAGGUUCAGGGUGGGAUCACCGGCGAAUUAUUCCGAUGUGUAAGAAAACACCGCUCGAGCCCCUUCACUGGGCUUUGUUGUGGAAAAAGACAGAGGCUGUCAGAGAACUGGCCUUGAAUGGCGCUUGUUGGCCCAAAGUGUCUAGCGAUGGUGUGUCAACACAUGCUCACAUCACGCGUAUAUUGAAAAUCAUCGACGAUUCUGCCCCCAGGCCCGUGGCACCCCAGGGUUCGUAUUUGCGACUACUUGAACGAGCAUCAGCUCGUUCAGAGCAUCUGCAACUCCUCAUGGACAGCGUGUCGAGCAAUCUUCCUGAACUUCUCAACUGGACAUGGAACGUUGGCCGGGCGUCUCGGGAUCGUUUCCAGAUGGUAUCCGAGUUUCAGUUAGCUUUCUUCUAUGCCUGCCAAAUUCCGGACAUUGAUGAAGCAGUCUUGCGCCAAUUACGAGAUUGUUUGGGCCUUGUAAUGGGUCAGAAAGACUUUGACAUGAGCGAGCACUACGUCUACUCUGAUCUCGAAGCCGAACGGAAGUUAUGGGUUCACCAAGAUGCACAUCCGGCCAAAUUCAAAUGCCCCAUUGGCACACUAGCAAUAUGCCAUACUGUUAGCCAUAUGCUGCGAUCCUUUGAAGAAGAGAUGCUUCGGAGAUUGCGCUGGCUCUUGGACGCCAGAGCAAAGCCGACAAGUCCCCAUCAGCCGCUUUCUCCUCUUGUUUGCCUCUUCAACAGAAUCAGAGCCGAGGAUCUGAAGUACGACUGGUACAACAAACCAAACGAUACAGAAUACCAUGAUUCAUGGUGUGCAUUCCUACCGAUAGUUGAACUGCUUGGAGAUAACGGUGCAUGGCAACCAUUUGAUAACGACAGAAUCGAGGGCAUGCUGCUUGUUCUAGCAGCUUACUUCGGUAUGGUGCGCCAGCUGUCAAGAACAUCGGCGAAAGCUGCAGCAGAAUUCCAUCGUCAAGUGUUGGAGAAGAUGCCUGCUGAAGUUCGGAAAAUGGCGGAAGUGGCUCAGUUAACCACAGAAGAACCGGAGGGUCAAGCAUCUCCUCCUACAGACUGA